CUGGAGUCCGGAGCUGGUGCCCGCCAGGUACAAGGACUGCCUGCGUCCCGGGGCGCGGAGGCGGCACCAUCCAUCCUGGUGCCAUCGUGGUGCCCAGAACUCCGCAGAGGACGCGACGGACCCCCUCCUGUCGCUUCCCUAUCUCGUUCUUCCCGACCCAGCUUGACUCUCCACUCCUGCCUGCAGCCCCUCUCAGCGCCCGGGGCAGAUGAGGCGAGGGAGAGAGAGAAAGACUACGACCCUUCGGCUCCCCAUCCUACCUCUGCUGUCCCUCACUGUGCUCGCGGCACCCAGGAAGACGCUGGCCCUUUAAACCCUUGCUCCCCACCCAGAGCAUCUUCCACCUCUCCACCCGCGCUGCCUUCGACAGCUGGCUGCAGCGGGGAGCCCCGAGGGGCCGGUAGGUACGGGGGCGGCGGUGAGGGCCGGGAGCGGGUGACGGAACCGCUGUGACCCGCGCCCCCGCCUCUGGAGAAGCCUGCGGCAGGACUGCUGGGCGCCCAGAGCACCAGUUAAUCAUAAACCCUCUGCUCCCGCGGCGCCCGCGCUGCCGGGAGCUGGGCCCUGCCCUGGCUUCCCAGGUAACGGGCGAGGAUGCCCAUCUUUCCAUCCCCUCUCCCGCCCUCCCUCCCACGCCUGGCCACCUGUCAGCCGCCUCGAGGCCCCUGCUCAGCCUGACGCCCGCUGCAGGUCCGCGUCCUAGAGCCUGAGUUAGAUUCUUCCAACGGGCUUUCAGGAGGGCGGGAUGGGGCGCCCUGGACUCACCCUGUGUACCCCUUCAUCGAGCACCCCCUCCCCCAGGGGCAUGAUGCCCGGCCUGUACUGCCCCUCCAGCUGGACGCCGCUGCCCCUCACGGACUCUUGGGUCCGGGCCUGCGCCAACGGCCCCUGCCUCAGCCUGCGGGCCCGGCUCACCUACCACAACCCGCAACCACAGCCUGUGGACGGCGUGUUCGUGUACCCGCUAGCGGAGGCCGAAGUGGUAUCGGGCUUCGAAGCGGAGGCAGCUGGACGUCGCGUCUCCUUCCAGCUGCAGAGUCGCCGCCGCUCUCAGGCCUCUUGCUGCACCGCGCUGGGCCCGGCGUUGGGGGCCUCAAUGCCGCGCCGCUGCGCGCGGGGUCAUCUUGUGCUGGAUCUGGCCCAGGCCCGGUCCACACUGGUGCUGCCCACUGGCCUCAUCGCUGCAGCUGGCACCAUGACAGUGACCCUGCGCAGCAGCCGGGAGUUACCCUCAAGGCCUGAUGGGGUACUGCGCGUGGCUCUGCCCUCUGUGCUCACCCCACUGGCCCCACCAGGCCCACCGGGGCCCCCCAGGCCUCCGGGGCUCUGUGACGACAGCCCCACCAGCUGCUUCGGGGUGGGCAGCUCUCAGGAGGAAGGGCUGGCCUGGGAGGAGCCAGCUGCCCCUCAGGAUGUGUUCUCAGGCCCUGCCCGCUGCCCCGCCCCAUACACCUUCUCCUUCGAGAUGCUGGUGACUGGGCCAUGCCUGCUGGCAGGCCUAGAAAGCCCCUCUCAUGCUUUGAGGGCAGACGCACCCCCUCAUGCAAGCUCUGCAGCCACCAUCUGCGUCACACUAGCAGAGGGCCACCGCUGUGACCGGGUCUUGGAGAUCCUGCUGCACCCAAGUGAACCCCACCAGCCCCACCUGAUGCUGGAGGCUGGAAGUCUGAGUUCAGCAGAAUACGAGGCCCAGGUGAGGGCCCGCCGGGAUUUCCAGAGGUUGCAGCGAAGGGACAAUGAUGGAGACCAGCAGGUGUGGUUCCUGCAGCGACGCUUCCACAAGGACAUCCUGCUGAACCCUGUGCUGGUGCUGAGCUUCUGCCCAGACCUGAGCUCCAAGCCUGGACACCUGGGCACAGCUACACGGGAGCUCCUCUUCCUGUUGGAUGGCAGCAGUGUAGCACACAAGGAUGCCAUAGUUUUGGCUGUGAAGUCACUCCCACCCCAGACGCUCAUCAACCUGGCCAUGUUUGGCACAUCUGUGCAGCCCCUCUUCUCAGAGAGCCAGCCUUGCAAUGAUGACACCAUGCAGCAGAUCUGUGAGAGUGUUGAGACCCUGCCAGCUGCAGGCAGUCCGCCAGACGUGCUGGCUGCUCUGGACUGGGCCAUGGGGCAGCCCCAGCAUAAGGCCCACCCCCGGCAGCUGUUCCUGCUCACUGCUGCCUCACCCAUGGCCACUGUUACCCACCAAACUCUGGAUCUCAUGAGGUGGCACAGGGGGGCAGCCAGGUGCUUCUCCUUUGGGCUAGGGCCUGCCUGCCCCCAGCUGCUCCAGGGUCUGUCUGCCCUCAGUAGGGGCCAGGCCUACUUCCUGAGGCCUGGGGAGAGACUGCAGCCCAUGCUGGUGCAGGCUCUGCGCAAGGCCCUGGAGCCCGCUUUGAGUGACAUCUCUGUGGACUGGUUUGUGCCUGAUGCGGUGGAGGCACUGCUGACUCCCCGGGAGAUCCCAGCACUCUACCCUGGGGACCAGCUGCUCGGUUACUGCUCACUCUUCAGGGUGGAUGGCUUCCGGCCACGUCCCCCAGGGGGCCAAGAACCUGGCUGGCAGAGCUUGGGUGGCUCUGUGUUCCCAUCCCCAGAGGAAGCGCCAUCUGCCACCAGUCCUGGCACUGAGCCCACUGGCACCUCGGAGCCUCUGGGAACAACCACUAUGUCAGCGGAGCUGUCCAGCCCAUGGGCUGCUGGGGACUCAGAGCAGAAUGAGUGCCCAGGUAUACGUGUGGCUGUGUUGGAGGAGGAGUGGGCAGUGGGGGAAACAGGACUGGGAUCCAUUCUCCUGCUCCCAGCAGGUGCUGAUGCUCUGACAGACCCAGUCACAGAUCCUGGACCCAACCUCUCCUCUGACACAGCCAUAUGGCACCGCAUCUUUCAGUCCUCAUACAUCCGCGAGCAGUAUGUGCUCACCCACUGCUCUGCCAGCCCUGAGCCAGGUCCAGGUUCUACAGGGAGCAGCGAGUCCCCUGGCUCCCAGGGCCCUGGGUCUUCCAAGGGCAGUAUUCCCCUGGAUCUCCCUUCUCAGCAGGGCUGCCGCAGCCUGGCCUGGGGAGAACCUGCAGGCUCCCGCUCCUGCCCCCUGCCUCCACCCCCACUGGCUCCAGUCAAGACUGGAGCCUUGAGUGCUGAGGUGCUGGGUCGUCAACGCAGAGCAGCUUUGGCUGGCCGAAGCCUCUCAUCGCCCCCAGGCCGGGUAUACCCAGUCCCUGGCCACUCCCAGCACCCUUCUCUUGGUACAGCACCAGAUGGGCCAGGCCCUGAGUCAGGGCAGCAGCGGGGACAGGGCCUGGACGACUCAGGAAACCUGCUCUCCCCAGCCCCCAUGGAUUGGGACAUGUUAAUGGAACCACCCUUCUUGUUCACGGCUGUGCCCCCCAAUGGGGAGUUAGCCCCUCCAGCAGUGCCACCACCUCCCCAGGCUCCACACUGCCAUGUGGUGAUCCGGGCCCUGUGUGGGGAGCAGCCUAUGUGCUGGGAGGUGGGCGUUGGGCUAGAGACACUCUGGGGGUCUGAGGAAGAUGGCUCAUUGCCUCUAUCACCCACUGAAAGAGAAGGUGCUUGGGACCAAGCACUCCAUCGGCUGACAGCAGCCUCUGUGGUCCGGGACAAUGAGCAGCUGGCUCUCCGAAGAGGGACAGAGACCAUGGCUGACCAGGGCCGUGCCCGGAGGUCCUGGCUCCGAGCCCUUCAGACAAGCAAGGUCAGCUCUGCCCCCUCCUGCUUCACCUACCCUGUAGCUGUGGAUGCUACCACUAGGGAAGUCUUGCCCUCCGCCCUGCAGGUGCGGAGCUCAGAGCCAGUCGAGCCCCCAAGCACCCUUCCUGCCUCUCAGGGCCAUUUAGAUACAGUGGCUCUGCCCACAGUUGUCCACUCUAAAGGACUUCAGGCAGGCUCUCUGGCAGGUGUCUGGAACCUGGACCAAAAUAGCAACUCCAAGUCUGCUACAGGGAAUCUUGCAGCCCCCACCAGAAAUCCUCAUUGCCUGCCCCUGCAGCCUCCCUCUAGGCUCAGCCUGGGCAGUGGCGCAGCCAGAGGUCCAGAGCGCCACAGACUCCGUAACCCAGGCCGGGCCAAUGACAGCAACAGUGAAGGCAGCAACCAUGACUACCUGCCCUUGGUGCGGCUGCAGGAGGCACCUGGCUCCUUCUGUCUGGAUGCACCCUUUUGUGCAGCAGUGCACAUCCCACAGGAGCGUCUGUGCCGAGCCUCACCCUUUGCUGUGCAUCGUGCCAGCCUCAGCCCCACCUCAGCCUCAUCUCCCUGGGCACUUCUGGGCCAGGGUGUUGGCCAGGGCAACAGCACCAUGGCCUCCUGCAGUCCAUCUCACAGCUCGGGUUCUGAGGGUCUGGGCCAGGUGGACAGUGGGCGGGGUUCAGACACGGAGGCCUCAGAGCGGGGGGAUGGGCCAACCAGCGCUGAUUUGCGGGGCCGGACCUGGGCCACAGCUGUGGCGCUGGCGUGGCUGGAGCACCGCUGUGCUGCUGCCUUUGGAGAGUGGGAACUGGCGGCAGCUAAGGCUGACUGCUGGCUACAGGCCCAGCACCUGCCCGAUGGCCUUGAUCUGGCCGCCCUCAAGGCUGCAGCCCGGGGUCUCUUCCUGCUGUUACGCCACUGGGACCAAAAUCUGCAGCUACACCUGCUGUGCUAUAGCCCAGCAAACGUGUAAGCACCACCAGUUGCUUAGGCUGGAGCCCCACAGCACACUCAAGUCACUGCCACCCAGGACUAGCUUCUCAGUACUGGAAAGGAGUAGGUUGGUGUCAGCCUGACCCCAGUGCUUCUCAUCCCCUUCCGAGAAUCCUGUCCUCACUGAAAGUGCCUGCCUGUGCUCUCUCCCACUCCUCCCACCCUAUGUCCCUUCUCCUCCUAG